AAGGGGAGGGUUUGCUGGGCGCUGUCAGUGGAGGUAGGCGCACGCUCCCGGUCAGGUUCUGAGCUGCGACCCUGGGCCGCCCUCGCGGGCGAAGGCCUGUGGCUCCGCGGUCACCUUCCAUAGGCGGCCUCUGGCGGACGCGCCUGAAAUGCAGAGCACGGCCCACUCAGUAACACCGCCAGGCGCAGCCACCGCGCUUAGGAGCUCAUCCCCCUAAUCUCUGCGCCCCCACAUUCAGGCAGAUCAUCUGAGAGGAUCCAGGACUCCAAAAAUGUUUCCUUUGAAGGAUGCUGAAAUGGGUGCCUUUACGUUCUUUGCGUCAGCUCUUCCACAUGAUGUUUGUGGAAGCAAUGGGCUUCCUCUCACACCAAAUUCCAUAAAAAUUUUAGGCCGUUUUCAAAUCCUUAAGACCAUCACCCAUCCUAGACUCUGCCAAUAUGUGGAUAUUUCUAGGGGAAAGCAUGAAAGACUAGUGGUGGUGGCCGAGCACUGUGAGCGGAGUUUGGAAGACCUGCUUCGGGAAAGGAAGCCUGUGAGUUAUUCAAAAGUUUUGUGUAUAGCAUUUGAGGUUCUUGAGGGUUUGCAGUACUUGAACAAGCAUGGCAUAGUACAUCGGGCACUGUCUCCUCAUAAUAUCCUCUUGGAUCGAAAGGGUCAUAUUAAAUUGGCUAAAUUUGGACUUUAUCACAUGACAGCUCAUGGUGAUGAUGUCGAUUUCCCAAUAGGGUAUCCCUCAUAUCUGGCACCUGAGGUCAUUGCACAAGGAAUUUUCAAAACUACUGAUCAUGUGCCGAGUGAAAAACCAUUGCCUUCUGGACCCAAAUCAGAUGUAUGGUCUCUUGGAAUAAUUUUAUUUGAGCUUUGUGUGGGGAGAAAAUUGUUUCAGAGCUUGGAUAUUUCUGAAAGAUUAAAAUUUUUACUUACUUUGGGCUGUGUAGAUGAUACUAUAAUAGUUCUGGCUGAGGAGCAUGGUUGUCUGGACAUUAUUAAGGAGCUUCCUGAAAAUGUGAUAAAUAUUUUGAAGAAGUGCCUCAUCUUCCACCCUUCUAAGAGGCCAACUCCAGAUGAAUUAGUAAAGGACUGUGUGUUCAGUGAAGUGUCACCUCUAUACACCCCCUUUAUCAAGCCUGCCAGUCUGUUUUCAUCUUCUCUGAGGUGUGCCAAGUUAACUCUGCCUGAGGACAUCAGUGACUUGUGUAAAGAUACAGACAAUGAUUACCUGGCAGAGAGAUCUAUUGAGGAAGUUUACUACCUUUGGUGUUUGGCUGGAGGUGACCUGGAGAAGGAGCUUAUAAACAAGGAAAUUAUUCGAUCCAAACCACCUAUCUGCACACUCCCAAAUUUUCUCUUUGAAGAUGGUGAAAGUUUCGGACAAGGUCGAGAUAGAAGCUCACUCUUAGAUGACACCACUGUGACAUUGUCCUUGUGCCAGCUAAGAAAUAGAUUAAAAGAUGUUGGAGGAGAAGCAUAUUAUCCAUUACUUGAAGAUGACCAAUCAAAUUUACCUCAUUCAAACAGCAGUAAUGAGUUAUCUGCAGCUGCCACCCUGCCUUUAAUCAUCAGAGAAAGGGAUACUGAAUAUCAACUAAACAGAAUUAUUCUCUUUGACAGGCUAUUGAAGGCUUAUCCAUACAAAAAAAAUCAAAUCUGGAAAGAAGCAAGAGUUGACAUCCCUCCACUUAUGAGGGGUUUAACCUGGGCUGCUCUUCUGGGAGUUGAGGGAGCUAUUCAUGCCAAGUAUGAUGCAAUUGAUAAAGACACUCCAAUUCCCACAGAUAGACAAAUUGAAGUGGAUAUUCCUCGCUGUCAUCAGUAUGAUGAACUGUUAUCAUCACCAGAAGGUCAUGCAAAGUUCCGGCGUGUACUGAAAGCUUGGGUCGUUUCUCAUCCUGAUCUUGUAUACUGGCAAGGUCUUGACUCACUUUGUGCUCCAUUCUUAUAUCUAAAUUUCAACAGUGAAGCUUUGGCUUAUGCGUGCAUGUCUGCUUUUAUUCCCAAAUACCUAUAUAACUUCUUCUUGAAAGACAAUUCACAUGUAAUACAAGAGUACCUGACCGUGUUCUCCCAGAUGAUCGCAUUCCACGAUCCAGAACUGAGUAACCAUCUCAACGAGAUUGGCUUCAUUCCUGACCUCUACGCCAUCCCUUGGUUUCUCACCAUGUUUACUCAUGUAUUUCCACUGCACAAAAUUUUCCACCUUUGGGAUACAUUACUACUUGGAAAUUCCUCUUUCCCGUUCUGUAUUGGAGUAGCCAUCCUCCAGCAGCUGCGGGACCGGCUUUUGGCUAAUGGCUUCAAUGAAUGCAUCCUUCUUUUCUCUGACUUACCAGAAAUUGACAUUGAACGCUGCGUGCGAGAGUCAGUUAAUCUGUUUUGCUGGACACCUAAAAGUGCUACAUACAGACAGCAUGCUCAGCCUCCAAAGCCGACUUCUGAGAGCAGCGGAGUCCGAAGCUCAGCACCAUACUUCUCUGUUGAGUGCACAGACCCUCCAAAGACAGACCUGUCUAGAGAAUCUAUCCCUUUAAAUGACCUAAAAUCGGAAGUAUCACCCCGGAUUUCAGCAGAGGACCUGAUUGAUUUGUGUGAACUCACAGUGACGGGCCACUUCAAAACCCCCACCAAGAAAACCAAGUCCAGUAAGCCAAAGCUCCUAGUGGUGGACAUCCGGAACAGUGAGGACUUUCUUCGAGGUCACAUUGCUGGCAGCAUCAACAUCCCCUUCAACGCAGCCUUCACAGCAGAGGGAGAGCUCAGCCAGGGCCCUUAUACCACGAUGCUUCAGAGCUUCAAGGGGAAGGUCAUUGUGAUCGUUGGGCACGUGGCAAAGCACACAGCUGAGUUUGCAGCUCACCUUGUGAAGAUGAAAUAUCCAAGAGUCUGCAUUCUAGAUGGCGGCAUUAAUAAAAUCAAGCCAACAGGACUCCUCACUGUCCCGUCUCCUCAGAUAUGAAGAACCAAGCACAUGGCUGUCAAGACGGAGUAGCAUCACCCCUAAGGCACAGCUCCUCAUAGCCUGUCACACUGAGACACAAGUGGACAUCCAGACCACUGCAUUGGACACGUUUGUCAUGAAAUACAUUUGCAAAUCUUGUGACUAAGGUGUUCACCUAUCUAGGCAGGAAACUUGACUGUACAUGUAUUGUUGAAGAAUUGUCUUGAUAGUAAAAUCUGAUCAUGUAUUUUUUUUUUUUUCCACACUGCCACAUAAAGCCAGAGGAAUUCAGCCGACAGGGCAAAUUUAGCACUAUCAAGAAUCCAGGAUGCACUAAGAAAGCUGCCAUCCCCUGCACUGAGUAGACUGUCCUAACGAAGAUGUUGAGAAAAUAUGGCAUAAUUCACCAGCUCCUCUUGACAGCAGAAAUUAGAAAGGGGAGUCACAGUGGAUGUGGCAUUUGGUAACACAAACAGGGUGUGUGCAUGUGUGUUUAGUCCAUUGUGAAAAGAGGUAGCGGCACUCUCAAAGAAUGGAAUUUCAGAAACCAGCCGUAUUUGAUAGCAUAUUUGUCCACUUCCUGUAGCUGGAAACUCAAAGAGUAACUCAAACAGCUUUUCUGAUCUAAUAUGCUCAAGUCCGCACAGCAGAGAUCACUGUCUUUACUUCACAAUGAUCCACAGCCAAUGUUUUCUCCUAAUGCUUUACCACAGAACAGUUUUCUUCUUGUGAAUUAAAAAAAAAAAAAAAAACCCUAACCAACAAGCCAACUCCAAUUGAUAACCACUCACAAAGGAAAAUUUCUUUAAAGUAGUCUCACUGGAGAUAUAAACCACACUUUAGGUCAGGCUCCAUGCCCAGCAGUAGAAGACCAACACAACAUGAACUCGUGUAUUUUUGUAUUGUGUUGCUUUGCUGUGCAUUUUUUACCUUUUUUUUUUUUAUGUUGUUGUUUCUGAUUUUGUUUUUAUUGGUUUCAUAUGUGUGUAUUUCUUUGUGCUAUUUUUGGUUUGUUUUAUUCUUGUUUCUCUUAAUGAAGAAAAAGAAAGUGUGUAGUUGGAAGGGUGGGAAAGAUCUGGAAAGAAAUAAGGGGAAACUAUGAUAAGAAUAUAUUCAAUUAAAAAUUUAUUUUCCAUUUUUAAAAACAAGGCUCCUCAGCUAUCAUCAUUAUAUCUGCAAUCUAGAAGAAAAGAAAUUACAGAGGGAAAGCAAGAUAGAGAGAAGGCAGGGAAAAAACAUGAAUGGGAAGGGGAAAAUGGGGCGUUUUCCUUCCUUUCAAAGAGACAGACUGGACACUGGCACAUUUCUUCUGCUGUAUAGCAGUGGCCAGCUUCUAUGCACACAGCAGCACCCAGUGAAUGACAAGGAAAGCUGAGAUUACAGCUUCUGGCUGGGAGCCAUCUCCCCAGCUCAGAAACCCUGACUAGGGUGUGGGAAGAAGAAAAUAUUUACUGAGAGCCAGCCAGCAGCCUCUGCCCCUGCCACAUUAUUUGAAAAAUCAAAUCCUGAGCUUUACUGAAUCCAAGAGACCAGAAUUGUGUAUACCACAAAUAUGAAAUAAGAAAAACUAAGACAUUUCAUUAUUUGUAAGAGUACAUUCUUUUCAGAUUCCUGAAAUAGGAAUGUAUCAUAUACUUAGUGAAAUAAACCCUUUGACUAGCUUUAA